AUGUCACAAUUACUACGAACACCCACACGGAGACUACUCCAGUCAACCUCCACCCUCAGACCCCUCCUCUCAAACCGCACAUACUACAGCUACGAAACCCCCCUCCCACCACCCUACCCACCAACCGAAACCGCCAUCCUCUCCUCCGCACUCACCCACGUCCCUUCUCUCGGCUGGACCGUCGAUACCCUACGCCAAGGAGCCCGUGAUUCUGGCUACUUGGACGCAUCAACAAAUCUAUUCCCAAAAGCUGAAUUCGAACUCGUGUUAUACCAUCUACGGACACAGAGAUUGGGGUUAAAGGAUAGGAUACAAUUCCCCGAUGAAGCAGGGAUGGGGACGACGGCGAAAGUGAGGGCAUUGGUUAUGGAGAGAUUGAGAGGGAAUGUGGAGAGUAAUGUGCAGGGGAGAUGGCAGGAGGCAUUAGGUCUCAUGUCCCUCGCUGGCAAUAUCCCACCUUCCCUCCGCGAACUCUACCUCCUCGCCGACGAAAUCUGGUUCCUAGCCGGCGAUGAAGCUGUAGAUUCUUCCUGGUACACCAAAAGAGCAACACUAAGCUCCAUCUACGCGGCUACAGAAACCUACUCCACUACAGAUGUGAGUUCAGAUUUCAAAGAUACCGAAGAGUUUUUGGGGAGGAGGUUGGAGGAGGCGAGGGUGGUGGGGGGUGCGUGGAGGAAUGUUAGGGAGUGGAUUGGUUUUCAGGGUGUUGCUACUGUUAAUAUGGCUAGGAAUUGGGGUGUGAGGAUUUGA